AUGAGCAAUGAAAGGGCAGUAUAUCGAGCGGUAACUGGAAUCGUUCCGCCAUAUGUCAUGUUCAAUACCACCUCGAACACUUUUUAUGGAUAUUGCAUCGAUCUAUUGGACGAUAUUGGAUCCCUGGCGGGUUUCGAUUACACCAUCAGAGAAUCGUUCGAUCGCCAUUACGGAUACAGAGAAGCACAAAAUGGCGGCUGGAACGGAAUGAUCUACGAACUGAUGCAAAACACAUCAGACAUCGCUGUGGGACCAAUGUGGAUAACGUCUGACAGAGCACAGGUGGUGGACUUCACGAUUCCCUAUCAGAGAUUAAGCGGUUUCUCUAUAAUGAUGCUGAAGAAGCAGAGGCAGAUCCCCUUUCUUCGUUUCUUAACGAUCCUGGAGAUCGAAGUCUGGCUGUGUUUCGCGUUAGCUUUCCUCUCGACGACGCUUCUGUUAUUUUUACUGGAGAGGUACUCGCCCUUUAGCUACCGUAACAAUCGGGAUAAAUAUCGAGACGAGCCAGACGACCGAUUCUGCUCCCUGAAGGAGUGCUUCUGGUUCGCGUUCGCGUCCUUCACCCCGCAAGGCGGUGGAGACCUUCCAAAAAAUUUGUCAGGGAAAAUGGCUGCUGCUACUUGGUGGCUGUUUGGUUUCGUCGUUGUUGCAGCUUACACGGCCAAUCUCGCUGCUUACGAAACGCUUGAGAGGCUGGAGAGGAGCGUCGAGUCCAUGGAUGAUCUGACGAAACAGUAUAGAAUUCGUUAUUCCACUUUGGCCAACUCCUCUGCGUUUAGAUACUUCCAGGGGAUGAAAAAUGCAGAGGAUAUGCUUUAUGAAGCUUGGAGACGAAUGACGCUAGAUGAAAAUACACCGGAAUGGAACAGAUCCAAGUACGCGGUCUGGGAUUAUCCCUUGGAAGACAAGUUCACGAAGAUGUAUUCCGCCAUGGAUGAAGUAGGAUUUGUUCCAAGUGUGGAGCAAGCCGCGAAGAUGGUACGGAAUGUAAACCGUACUUACGAGUUCGCUUUUAUAGCGGAAGCAGUGACCAUAAAAUAUCUGACGAUGACGAGCUGCGACUUCAGACAGGUCGGCGGUGAAUUCAACAAGAAACCGUUCGCGUUUGCAGUGAGAAAGGGCUCCAAGUUGAAGGAGAGAAUCGACGACGCGAUCACGGAUCUGGCGAUUGGGGGCAGAUUAAUCGAGCUGGAGACAAAAUGGUGGACAGAGAAUCCUCAAAGAGCCAACUGUCCAUCAGAUAAAGACUUCAAUGCAGGAUUUGGACUGGAUAAUUUAGGAGCUGUAUUCUUGCUAAUCCUCGUUGGUGCAUUGCUCUCGAUUUUAAUAUUGUGCUUGAAAUACUUAUGGUAUCGACGGGAUAGAAGAGUGCAUAGAACACAAGCAUCGAUGCAGCGUCUGAGAUCUAAAAAAAAUCAAAGAAGUUAG